AUGAGCAUUGGAAAUUCGUACAGAGAAAACCCACCAACUUAUUAUGAUUGCCCUGUGUCACGGAUCGCACAUAAUGAGUGCUAUCGUGAUUCCAAAGUCGACAGUGCAGUGGGGCACGUCGACGAGGACGUCGACACUAUCAGUGGGGGAGAAUGUCACGGGUCGCACAUAGACAAGUGCUACCGUGACUCCGUUGGGACAUCUAUGCGCUUAAGAGGUAGUCUAAGUGUGGAAAAGGCUAGAGCUUAA